AUGGCGCAGGCACGUCACUCCAUCAACGGCUUCUCCCUCUUUGCGAAGGAAAUACAGGAGAAGGAGCGGAUUCUCACAGCUAAAAGUCUGCGGCGCGGGCAUGAGAAUAUGCGGGUUGUCUCACAACGAUGGCGGGAACUCACUCGUGGGGAGCGCCGGCGCUACAACGCACGCGCAAAUGAGAUCGGGGUUCUGAGGACUCACGACAGCGAGAAGUCUUUCAACGACUUCAACUUACUCAUGCGACUUCUGUUUCGCUCCGAUGACGUGGCGAGCGCGGGCGACGAGACCUUUACCGCCCGCAUGGCGAAGAAUACACUGACGCAGCUGAAGUCGGAGCAGAAGGAAAAACUGCGCGAAAAACUGGUGCCCAAGAAGCUCCGCACCGCGAAGAAGACGACGAACUCCGAGCGCGCGCUCCCGAUAGCCUGGUACUUCCCGGAAAUGCGCUACUUUGCGUCUUUUGUGGAGAUGCUGAGAGCCGUCGCGCCGACCCAGAAGGCCCUCUUCACAGCAGUCUCGCGGGUGCUUGAGGUCAACCGGAUUGUCUCAGGUGAUUCCUGGGCAAAUCUGUCGCAGAAGUUUGACGCCCUCACGGAGGAGGAGCGGGAUAAGUUUAGGCCCAUCACCGAUGAGGAUGCGUCUUCCUUCGAGAAGUACUGUGCGUCUCACUGUGCCACCUUCGAUGUGGAGCACUUUGACAUUGUGCGUCUCUUUGCACAGUACCGCGGGCUCGCCACCGCAAAGACCCACCUACCGGAGCCGGAGGCGACGCAGUACAGGAUGCUCAUGGAAUCCGAUCGCUUCCGUGAAAGCUUGUACUUCAAGGCGCUGCGUAACCUGGAGCGGGCCAAGGCGGGGCGGAGCACGGAUCAGGGAACUUACAUCUCUCACAUCCAUCCCGACGGGGUGACGGUCCAGCCAAAGACGUACCUUGUUCAGUCCAGCAUGAGCGACGUUGAAAUCGCCACGCUGCUGGCGGAAACACGGUACGGAAAAUCGGUGUACGACGACGUUAUAGAUCGAGCCCGCUGUUUCCGUCUGGAGAAGGCCAACCGCUUGCUAGCGGAGGCGUACUUGUCGCCGACGCGCGUCAUCAAGAAAAAGGCGGUGAAGAAGACUCCCAAACCAUAG